AUGACGCAAUGCAGCCAAAUCCGCAAGGAAGCUACAGAGCCGACCCCCCUUCUUCAACCGAGGAAAACUAAAUUCACAGCCCCAAAACUACUGUCGCAAAAGAAACCUAUCCUCAUUGGAACAUGGAACGUCAGAACACUAUGGGAAGCAGGGAAGUGUGCACAGGCAGUGAAAGAAAUGCAACAGUAUCAUCUUACAGUGCUCGGCCUGUGCGAAACAAGAUGGAACACCUUUGGAGAGACAAAAUUCCAGACGGGAGAAACACUGUUAUACUCGGGAAAAGAAAAUGAGGACGACCCACGAGAGGCAGGCGUAGCCUUGCUAUUGACAAAGGAGGCAACAAAAAGCCUGAUGGAAUGGGAUCCUGUAUCUGAUCGAAUAAUUAAAGCUAGAUUUGAAUCCAGGUUUCAAAAGACCUCCAUUAUCAUGUGCUACGCUCCUACAAACAACGCAGACGAGGAUGAAAAAAACCGCUUUUACGGGCAGCUUCAGUCGGUGGUUGAUAAGGUACCCAAGCGCGACAUGCUGAUCCUCAUGUGUGAUUUAAAUGCCACAGUAGGUAAAGACAACAGAGGCAGGGAAAUGGAGAUGGGAAUCAAUGGCCUAGGGGAAAUGAAUGAAAAUGGUGAACUCUUCACAAACUUUUGUGCCUCAAAUGAGCUUACUAUCGGCGGUACACUUUUCCCACACCGAAAUUGUCAUAAAGCCACCUGGAUAUCACCAGAUCAUAGCGAAAACCAGAUUGAUCAUGUCGUGGUACGGCGUCGUUGGAGGGCCUCACUGCAGGAUGUGAGAACAAAGCGAGGAGCCGACAUAGGAUCCGAUCACUACCUGGUUGUUGCUAAACUGAAGAUGAAGCUAAAGGCGAAGAAGAGGCAACAAGAAAUUAAUCCACGAAGAAAAUUUGAUGUAAGUAAACUUAAGACGCAAGAUAACAGGACAAAUUGUCAGGUCACCUUAAAAAUCGGUUUGAAGCUCCACAGACAGAAGAAAAAGAUUUGGAUUCAGUUGAACACACCUGGGAAAUAUUUAAGCAAGCCACUAUUGAAGCCUACGAAGAGGCUCCAGGAGGUAGAGCGCCCAACAGGAAGCCCUGGAUCACAGAUGAUACAUGGCAGAAUGUGGAAGAAAGAAAAAGCCUAA